AAACUUGCGAAUGGGUCCAUCCAUAGACGUGGCAUUGAUGAACUGUUGAAUUCAUCCUUUCACUUACCACCAAAUUAUCUUUUUCACGACUGAUUUCGCUUUGUUGAUUCCACGUACCUUCUCGUAACGGAUUUCUAUUGCAAACAUCAGGAUGGACGUUGCCUCAGUACUGAUUGGCCUUGCCAUUUGUGUCAUCACAGCUGUAAUUCUCUACUUAAUUUCAGUGAAAAGUUUUCAGGAGAAGCCGUUUGAAGAAGUGUUGGCUGAACAGCAACAGUUUGCAGAUAAUUUGCUGAAAGGAGAAAAAUCCAAUAAAGACAAAGAGAAAAAAACUAAAAAACAUGUUGUCAAGAAGAACAAAGAGAAAGAGAAAGGCAAAACCCAUAGCAAUUCAGGAGCAACGCCCCAACCUAGUUCAUUUGAGGAUAAACCACAUGUGGAAUUUGAACCUGAUACUGAAAUCAUCCCUGAGGAACCUAUUGCAGUAAAUGUUGAAAAAGAAAAGAAAAAAAGUGAAAAAAAAGAGAAGGUCAAACCGAUAUUGCGGAAUCGUGAUCAUGCAUCAACCGAUGCCUUCGAUCCGGAUGUGGAUUCGUUAAAUCAUUUUAUGGAACACCCACCCAAAGAUGAUAUAGAGCUGAAGACCAGAGGUAAAGACAAGACGGGCAAGAAAGAGCCUAAAGUCGUCGUAGAAGAAAAAAUUAAUGCAUCCGAAGCACCCGUGGCUGAGGGGGCACCUGUAAAAGAAGUAGCGUUCACCGUCGCACGCGGAAAUAUCAGUAAUGUGAGCAGUGCUCAAACUUCUAUUGCUGCACAGCCAUCUCAACAGCCUAGCACUCCCAAGAAACAGAGGAAGAGGAACGUCAAAAGCGACUCAGUUGAUGCGGUUGAUGGUGGUGAAGAGCUUCUUUUGCAGUUAGGAGGAACAGAAAAACUUCUCUCAGCCCUUCGUCAGUUGCCGUUAACAUCCUCUGAAUUGCAAACCAUGAUUGAAGUCCUACUUAAUCGGCAACAAGAGGCAGCUGGUAAUGUCGAAUCCGAGUGGAUGGAACGAGGAGGACGCCUGGACCCCCUCGGAGCACUAAGAAAGCAGUUAGCUGACAAAGAUAAAGCUUUACAAGAAGAGUUGGAAGAAAAGCAAGCGUACCAGAACAAAUUGCGUACGCUGGGAACUGAAAUGACCGCUGAACGCACACGUGCCGCAGCGGCACGUAAACAGCUAGAAGAGUCUUUGACGCGACAAACAACCGAGUUGCAGAUGUUGACCGUUCGCCUUCAACAGGCAUCUGAGCAACACGUGGCGGAGGUGAAUGCUCUGAGGGCUGCGGUCCAACAAGCACAGAAGGUAUCUCAGACGUCGGACGAAACCCUCCGCCAGUUGCAACGUCUGCAGGAUGAGAAGAACCAGUUUGAAUCGCGGUUCUCCACCGCCCAACAAAUGCAGCAAGAAAUGGGUGCUCGAGUGCAGCAGCUUGAAGAUUUCUUAAUGCAUAAAGAACAGCAGCUUAUGGAACAAGCCAAUCAAAUGGCUCUCCUGGCAUGUAAAUUGCAAGAAUCAGAACAGGCCCGCAAUGGGCAAAGCCAUGAGGUUGAACGCGAAGUGGCUCAAUUACGAGAAGCACUCCAGGCAUCAGAAGCCCAAUCGUUGCAUACCGCACACGAUGCCCGAAUUCGUCUCGAAGAGAUGGAACGGACCAAGCAGCUACUAGAAGAUCGCAUCACAAAGGUCGAUCGUGACCUAGCUAUGGAACGCAGCCUAGCUGCCCAGAAUGAAGAACGUAUCCGGCAGGAAGUAUCUCGUCUUUGUUUGGAAAACCAGGCUCUGAAUCUUCAGCUAUCAAAUUCAUCCCAGAGCCGACAAGAUGAAGAUGCUAAAUGGUCAUCUAUUCAGGAACAAGUGCAAAUAGAACGAAACCAAAUGGCCGCCAAAGAUGUUGAGACACAGAAAGAGCUGGAACAGUUGCGAAAUAAAAUUCAAGAUCUUAAUGUUCAAUUGGUCAAUUCUUCCCAUAGCCGACAAGAAGAGGACGCAAAAUUGGCAGCCAUUCAAGAGCAAAUAAAAGUCGAGCGUGAUCAAAUGGCCGCCAAAGAGGCAGAAGUACAGAAAGAGCUGGAACAGUUACGAAAUAAAAUUCAAGAUCUUACUGUUCAGUUGACCAGUUCAUCACAAAGCCACCAAGAAGAUGACGCAAAGUUAGUUGCUAUGCAAGAGCAAAUGAAAGUGGAACAUGAACAAAUGGCCACCAAAGAGGCAGAAGCGCAGAAAGAACUGGAACAGUUCCGAAAUCAAAUUCACGAUCUUACUAUCCAGUUGUCCAAUUCUUCCCAAAACCGACAAGAAGAUGACGCAAAAUUGGUUGCUAUUCAAGAACAAAUAAAAGACGAACGAAACCAAAUGGCCGUCAAAGAGGCGGAAUUGAAGAAAGAGCUUGAACAAUUACGGGGAGAAACUCAAGCUUUAACUGAACAGUUGAAUCAAGCAAAUCAAAGCCAGAAAGACAAUCAGUUGCAGUUGGAGGUGGAAUUGAAGGGCAAGGAUGAGGAAUUGGAAAUUCAGAAGCGUAAGAACAAUGAACUUCGUGACAAAAACUACAAAGCUAUGGAUGCGCUGACGGCGGCUGAGAAGUCUUUGAUUGAAUUGAAAAAAUCAAUCAGCAGCGCAAAGAACGUCCCGGAUCCAGCUGAAAUCCAGCAGGUUAUUGGCGCCGGCCUGCAACGAGUCUUUCCUGAAUUGUCCUUUGAUGCGUCCGCAUCACCGACCUCGUUUGCCGAGUCCCUGUCCCGUCAAGUGACGAUAUCGCUUGAGCGACUUCAGAGCGAGGAGCAGUCGAAAGCUCAAGUGCAAGUGCUGCAUUACAAAACGGUACUGUCGCAGACGGAAGAGUUACUCAACCGACUACAAAGUCGCGUAGAGGCUGAAGAGGCAUCGUGGAAAGUUAAACUGGCUCAAAUGGAAGCUGAUUUAACGACUGUAAAACAAGAGAAAGAAUUUUGGAUGGAUCAGUGUCAGAAGCAGGAAACUAGAACCCAGCAGGUGCAAGAAUCCCCAAUAGAUGUCGCACCACUUCAUACCAGGAUUGAAUCUCUGCAAGAAGAAAAAGAACGAUUAUCACAGGAGUUGGAAAAAGAGCGUCUGGCAGCAGGGGAGCGUUCGUCGCAAUCCGGAAAUCAUGUAGAACAAUUGGAAACUCUGGAAUCGUUGUUGGCCGAAGAAAGACGAGCAGUUCAGCUUUUGCGGGAUCAAUUGGAUCAAGCCAAGGCUCAACUGUCGGCCACAAAGGUAGGUUCCAUCGGCUUCAUGGUUGGCUGGGCAAAGAGCUCUGCGGCUACGGUGGCCGCAGCCACGGCCAGGAAAAACAGCCUUAACUCAGAGAAUAUUUCUUCAGAGGCCGACCCACCAUCGCCACAGAAGGAAGAAUUAGCGACCAAAUCUCCAGUGCCGGCCACCAACGGUAACGGAACCAAGGGCGAAUCGCCAAGUGAAGAGCCGAAAACUACGACGAAGACGAACAGCAAUGGUCAGAAAACCAAAAAUCGCAAGAAAAAGUAUUCGUUACCAAAGCACUCAACUUCUUCUUCUACCAUUCCGCUUGAACACAACUUUGACGACUUUAGAUUGACUGAUCCCACUAAAAGAAGUACCGUAGGGUGUUUCUCAUUUCGAAAGCUGAAAUCGUGAGCUUAGUGUGAAGCUACUGCAUCGCUAAGGAAACGGAGCCUGGAUGGAAAACAGCAGCAGAUCGAGCUUCAUUUUUCAAUUUCUUAGUUUUCUUGAUCCUCCCCUCCCACUUCCCCCACCCCGCUUAUCCUCCGUGAAAGAUUCCCGUUCAGUAAAGAAAUCCAUAUUUUCAACACAAAAAAAGGCAAAUUUCUCGGGUCCAAGAAACUUGCUUCUAUUUUUUUCCCCCGUUUUUUUUUUUUACAUCUGUCAGCCGAUUGUCUUACAUAAAGCGCCCGUUUUUAAUAGGUGUAUUAUGUAACAUAAUUUCCACGGAUGAAGAUUCUUAUUCAUUAGUUCUUAUUUAAAAGGAAAUAUGAAAAAUAACUAACUACAGUUUAAGUAGCUCGAUGACAAUUAUUCUACACCCUUCCUUUUUCACUUUGUAUUGUGGGGAACCCUGAAGAGGUGAUCGUCUUUUUGAUGUCGUUAAUUGAACCAAAACAAGGAUACUUGGCCCAGAAUCCAUAUCGUUUAUCUGGCUGUUAUUUUCAAUGACCGGUUUUUGUUAAAUCCCGUUUACUUCGUUUCUACUCUUGCCAGUCAAGCUCUCUUAAAUCUUUCCUUCACCUUAUCUUUCGCCCUCUGGCAAAUUAUGUAAUGGGUUUUGAUAUUUUGUUGAUGUUUAAGAAUUUUUUUCACCCUCUGCUCCCGGCCUGUCCCUUUAUAUUGCAUCCUCUUAUGAUGCGAAAAGCCCUGUAUCCAAUGAUUGUGUUGGCUUACACUGGAUUGAAAUACAUCAGCAUUCCUAACCAGAA